UUGCGCGGGACAAUCGGUCCACCUUAAAGCCGCCGCCGUUCCGCGGACGAGCGCGAUUUUCCGGGGAGUGGGCCAGCGAGCAGCGGGCGAAAGUGCCGGUAUAUAUGCCGCUGAUUGGCGCGAUGCAACUUCAGUGUGCACUCCCGAAGGCUACCAUGAGCACUUCGCAGAUCCUCGUGCUCCUCGCCCUCGUGGCGACGGUGGCACUCGCCACCGAGACGACCAAGUCCGACGGCAAAGCGGCCGUAGACUCAAAGGACGCCAAGAGCAAGCGCGGCCUGGAACUGAGUUUGGGCCAUGGUGGUUUCGGCGGCGGCGGCGGCGGCGGCGGCUUUGGCGGACAUGAUUUCGGCGGCUUCGGCGGAGGAUUUGGCGGCGGUUUCGGCGGUGGCGGCGGUGGCGGCGGCGGCGGCGGCGGCGGCGGCGGUGACGAAGGACGGAUCUCCGGCAUCACGAUCCACAGGGAGGUCUCGGUGCCGGUCCCGGUGCCUUACACCGUCGAGAGGAACGUGCCGGUACCGGUACCGGUCCAUGUGAAGGUCCCGGUGGACCACCCGGUGCCGGUUCACGUACCAAAGCCUUACCCCGUUCCGGUGGAGAAGACCGUAGCGGUCCCCGUGGAGAAACCGGUCCCGGUGCCCUUCAAGGUGCCCGUCAAGGUGCCCGUGAAGGUGCCCGUACCCUAUAGCGUACCUGUUAAAGUACCUUACCCCGUGCAGAAAGAGAUCCCAUACCCAGUCAAGGUCCCGGUGAUCGUUAAAGAGUCAUACCCUGUGCUGGUGCACGGAGGUGGUGACGGUGGCGGCGGCGGCGGUGGUUUCGGACAUGGUGGCGGCGGCGGCGGUGGUUUCGGACAUGGUGGCGGCGGCGGCGGCGGCGGUUUCGGACACGGCUUCGGCGGCGGCGGCGGCGGCGGAUUCGGAGGCGGUCACGAGAUCAGCUUUGACCUGCAUCAUUGACGAGAGCCCGGCGGUGAUCGACAUAUUAACGAUACUCUUGUAUAUAAUGAUUACGUUGCCCUUUUUUACCUGUGCUGUCUUAGCAGAAUAAAUAUUAAAUUAUUAA